UCCAACUUUAUCAACAAAGCCGUGCACGUACGCACGUCUUCCCACGUGACCACGUUCGCUCUCUCAGCUCGCUCGCGCCUGUUCACACACACACACACAUACACACACACACACACACACACACACACACACACACACACAAACACACACACAUCUUCCUGGCCGUCGGGAGCGAGCAUGCGGCACACCCCCCUCUGACCGUCGGGAGCGAGCUUGUGGCACACACCCCUCUCUCUCUGCUGUGUCCCCUCUCAGGACGGAAGUGAGUCCAUUUUUCCCCUCAGUGAGAUAAAAGCGGCUGGAGGAGCUGCAGCCCGUGCAACACGCGCCCGUGAGAGGGCUCACGCUAUGUUUCACCUGUGUGUUUUCGCCUCGUUGCAAACAACAACAACAACAAGCGAGAAAACGAGGUAACUAGAGGGCCGUCGGAGCUAGCCACUCCGGGUUUUUUUCUGUCUUGUUGAGGGGGCCGAAACCCUGCGCAUUCCUCCACGCAGAGCGCCGGACGGGGUGGGGGGGGAGACUCUCCGACGGACUGGACGGGGACGGAGAACCGCGUUCACUCAGCGGUGGCUCCGGACGGCGGGUCCUGCCUCCUGUUUUCGGCUGCUCGGGAAAGCCGCCGUGGCUGCUCUUUGGUGUGACGGUGGCCGGGUGCACGCUGCGACCUCCCUGCUUUGAUGAAUAAUUCACGUGCUCUGUCUCUCUCCGAGGCUCGCGCUGAGAAUACCGAGCGACCGUCGGCCGCGCGUGACGCCUUCUGGACGGACCUCUAAUGGUGGCGGCCAGGCCAAGCUGGUUCGACUGGUUUUCCGCACAGAGGGCAGCAUGAAACACGGGAGCGGCGUGGGCUCCGUGGCUGUAGUCUAGGAGCUGCCGAGUGGCCCUGAAGUCAUGUUGCCUGGUCGGUGGGGGAGGAGAGAUUUAGCUUCCUGGACUUCAACACCCAUCCAGUUUUAGGAUUAAAUCAGCGACGGGGACACUUUUCAUGCACCAACAAUUGUCCUUGGCGUCGUGUCAUCUUAUUCUCAUUGGAAAACUGGACUCUUAGAAAUUUUGCUCAUUCCUUUUUUUUUGAGAGAUGAGCUGACGUUUUUUAUAAAUAUAUUAUCUAAAGAACUGUCUAAUUGUGAAAGUCGAUUGCCCCCACCUCCCCCUUUUUUUGCAUCUAAUUGAACUAUUUAAAACAAAUUCAAAACUUGUUAAUCAGCACAGUGGAACUGACUGUUAAUACCUCAAGAAUCUACCUCAAAUGCCACAGUUUCUUCAAUUUAACUGGCUGACGUGACCUCUGAUGAAUACCUCAAACUCACUUUUCCCUGCAUGUGUUGUGAGCUGAGCUGUGUUUCUGCUCCAGAUGGCUUCUUUCCCCGAUUCUGACCUGCAGACCUGUCCGCUCUGCAAGGAGCUGUGCGGCUCCUCCGCUCCCAUCUCCUCCAGCUCCUCUACCUCGUCCUCCUCUUCGCACACCUCUGGCUCCUCCAACCAUGCCACCAAGAGGCUCCACGUCCUGCCUUGCCUGCACACCUUCUGCAGGCAGUGUUUGGAGGGACAGCGCAGCCCCAGUGACCCGCUGAAGCUGCGUUGCCCCACCUGCGACCACAAGGUCUCCAUCUCUGAGGCCGGAGUGGACUCCCUGCCCUCCUCCAACUUCCUCUUCAGCAACCUGUUGGACGUGGUGGUGAGCGCGGAAGAUCAGAUCCAGAAUAAGAACGGUCACCAUCACCUCGGGGGCCUGAUCGGGGGCUCGUCCGGGUUCCACCCGUCCCACGGGGGCCUGCUGCACGCGCAGCACCUGGGGGAGCCUCAGUGUAGCUCCUGCGACGAGGAGAACCCGGCAACGUCCCACUGCCUCGACUGCCAGGAGUACCUCUGUGACAACUGCGUGCGAGCUCACCAGCGGGUGCGGCUGACCAAAGACCACUUCAUCGAGCGCCUGGGGGAGAGCCUCCACCUGAGCCGGGUCAACUCCAACAGCAGCGGCACGGGCCAGCCGGGGAUGUCCGUGUCCCUCGCCCAGUCCUUGCAGAACAACUUUGCGCUGCUGUCCCUGUUCCAGGACCGGAUGAGCUUCUGCCAGCACCAUGACAGCGAGGUAUUCCUGUUCUUCUGCGAGACCUGCUCGAUGCCAAUCUGCAGGGAGUGCAGCGUGGGCCGUCACAUGGGCCACACCUUCGUCUACCUGCAGGACGCCAUGCAGGAGUGCAGGGCCAUCACCAUCCAGCUGCUGACAGACGCUCAGCAGGGACGACAGGCCGUCCAGCAAAGCAUGGAAAAAGUGCAAGCCAUGGCGGAGCAGGUGGAGAUCAAGGCCAAGGUGGUGCAGACCGAAGUGAAGGCUCUGGUUCUGAGACACAAGAAAGCUCUGGAGGAGAGGGAGUGUGAGCUCCUGUGGAAGGUGGAGAAGAUUCGUCAGGUGAAGGCCAAGUCUCUGUACCUGCAGGUGGAGAAACUCCACCAGAGUCUCACCAAGCUGGAUAGUACCAUUGCUGCCGUGAGCCAGAUGCUGGAUGAGGGCCACCACCUGGACGUGCUGCUGGCCAGGGAGAGAAUGCUGACCCAGCUCCAGGAAAUCAAGAGUGUCAGGGGGCUGCUGCUGCCGCAAGAGGACGACCGCUUCAUGUUCACACCUCCAGACCAGGCUCUGUACAUAGCCAUCCAAUCCAUGGGCCUGAUCAGCAGCAGCGCCUUUGCCCCCGUCACCAAAGCCCACGGCGAAGGUCUGAAAAACGUACUGCGCGGGAAACCCUCAUCCUUCACAGUCAUUGGAUACGAUCACGACGGCGAGCCGCGCUUGUCCGGCGGCGACCCGGUGUCGGCGAUGGUGAUGUCUGUCGCAGACGGCUCUCAGUCCCCGGUGGAGGUGACGGAUCACCAGAAUGGAUCCUACACCGUCAGUUACCUGCCAAAAACGGAGGGAGAGCACCUGGUGUCUGUGUUGGUGUGCAACCAGCACAUCCAGGGCAGCCCCUUCCAGGUGACAGUCAAGUCCGGACGGAGCUACGUGUCCCUCGGAUCCCAGGUGUCGUCUUUCGGAUGUGAGGGGGAGGGGGACGGACAACUGUGUCGCCCCUGGGGCAUCAGCGUGGACAAGGAAGGAUAUGUUGUGGUGGCGGAUCGCAGCAACAACCGCAUACAGAUCUUCAAGCCUUGUGGUGCCUUCCACCAUAAAUUCGGCUCCUUGGGUUCUCGGCCUGGUCAGUUUGAUCGUCCAGCCGGGGUCGCCUGUGACAGUCAGAGACGGAUCAUUGUUGCUGAUAAGGACAAUCACCGUGUUCAGGUGUUUACGUUUGAGGGCCAGUUCCUGCUGAAGUUUGGGGAAAAAGGCACCAAGAACGGGCAGUUCAACUAUCCCUGGGACGUGGCCGUCAACUCUGAGGGUAAAAUCUUGGUCUCGGACACCAGAAACCACCGCGUGCAGCUCUUUGCCCCCGACGGUUCCUUCCUCAACAAGUACGGCUUCGAAGGGGCUCUGUGGAAACACUUUGACUCCCCCAGAGGGGUCGCCUUCAACCACGAAGACCACCUCGUCGUGACCGACUUCAACAACCACCGGCUCCUGGUCAUCCGGCCAGACUGCCAGUCGGCUCGCUUCUUGGGCUCGGAGGGCACGGGGAACGGGCAGUUUCUGCGCCCCCAGGGCGUCGCCGUGGACCAAGAGAACCGCAUCAUCGUGGCCGACUCCCGCAACCACAGGAUCCAAGUGUUUGAGCCCAACGGAAACUUUUUAUGCAAAUUUGGCACUCAGGGGAGUGGCUACGGACAGAUGGACCGCCCCUCCGGGGUAGCCGUGAUGCCCGACGGAGUCAUCGUUGUCGUUGACUUUGGAAACAACCGCAUUCUCAAGUUCUAAAAAAAAAAUCUCUCUCUAUUUUUUUUUUUUUUUUUGCAUUCUCUCCCUCUGUUUGCUCUUUUUGCAGUAACUUUCCACAAUGAAGGAAAUGGAGAGGAGAGAAUCAAUCAACAGAAAGGCGGGGCCGUUCAGAGAGGACUGAGAUUAGGCUAAAAAGACGUUUUUCACAUUCACUACUACUCACCCAAACAUAUGUCUACUUUAUACAAUGGGGACCUAUCCAAAUGGACUCGUAGCUGCUCUCAGUCCUCUCUGUGCGCCCUUCUUUAAGAUCCAUCUCAGGGAAUUCUUUCACUUCUUGAAAUCUCGUACCUUCUGCUCCAUACCUACCUCAUUUAGCUCUUUAUGAAUGUACUCAUACUCACUGAGCAGAGGUUUUAGUCCGUGAAGUUUUACAAAGAAGAAACGUCUACCUCUAUACUUUAUUUAAGAGACAUAAAAGUAGAUUCUUGGGUUGAUAUUUGCACAGGAUUCAUUGAAUACUCUCUGUGCAUUUUCAGUAUGAGUAAGCGUGAACCUCCUGAAUGUUGUUGCUGAGACAAUACUCAGACCGCUGUAGAAGGUGCAUGGUUGAUUCUCAUCAGUAGGCUCGGCUCAGAGAAGAAGACGAGGGUCAAGUAGUGUCCUUCCCUGUUUUUAGACUAUUUAGGUGUUUUUUGUUUUCCCCCCUCCCCUCUUAGACAAGUAGAUUGACCCUUUUCUCUAUUUAGCUCAGUGGAGUUUGUAAUUUCACAAAUGCCGAGCAAGACUGUGAGAAGCAAUGCCAGACUCAAUGGAAUCAAAAUUAGCUCAGGUCAUCGUAAAAACUGGUCCAAACGAUCGGUUCUUUUUUCAGGCUCUCCUAGCUUUACUGACUAAUGCUGAUUUAAUAAAUUUAUUAAUGAGUAGAAGUAGGAAAAAAAUGUCUGAAAAUCAGCUCUAAAAUGAUCCCUGAAAUGAGAUAUCUUUCGAUCAUGAUCCCUAAACUUUUAUCGCAAGACUGGGACGAUGUCGCGUUUCCGCCGAAGAAAGAAAAACGAAUAUGCAAAGAAAGCAUGGUUUUCUCCGAACGGGAAGACCCACAGAAAGAUUUAAGAGUUGAAUCCGUAGAGAUCUCAACGUGUUCCUUCGCAUUAUCGUAGAAAUGUAAUUAUAGAAGUGAAAGCUACUUUUUAAAUGAGGCAUGCUGUUUGACAAAAAGCCUUCAGAAGUAGACGCCUGUUAUGGCCGUCCUGAGGACAUUAAUGACAACAGAUUACAGGCCUAAUAUAAUAUAUCAAUCUCUUGGAUUUAGAUUGUGGUUUAAAGCCACGGCCUUUGGCUCUGAGGGCCAAAGAUCUAGAGCAGUCCAACGAGAGGGCAUCAUCACAUAGCCCUACCCUAUUUAUUUAUCCUUAGAUCUAAGUCCGACAAAAAGAACGCCUUCAGAUUGAGCGUUAGUAGACGGGUUCCUCUAAAGAUGGAGGUCUACAGACCAACUACUAGAAUCAACCAAAGUUAGAAUCUCUGCACAAAGGCCAGCUAUAAAUGUGGCGUUUAAUGGAUCUUAAAAUCCCCCUUGAAACUUUUCUUUAAAUAACUCGUUUGAAAAGUCUAACGUUCUUACAACUCGUGGAGUUUAGUUCAUCGCACUGUCUUACAUCAGGCUUUGGAGAAACGGAGUGCUUAGGUCCUAGAUUACCAAGUACUUCCUCUCCCGAAGGCUCUGGCUAUGGGAGCAAAUGUAGAAAGUUUCUGUCUCGCAGAGGUGCUCAAAACGGAGAAUACCCCGCACCAAAGAAAAACCCUUACGUUUAUUGCCUAAGAUCAUUCAGCAAUGCCAUAGUUUUAUCACGAUUAGACUAGGAGUACCAUCUCAGAUUAGUCUUCUUUCUGUUAACUAACCCCAUCCCCUACUGAUUAAUACAGUUUCUUUACAGUGCAACCAAUCCCUUCGCCUCUUGAUUUUUGUUUCCCUGGAAGCACUCGACAAUAUCAGGUUCUGUAAGCUAGUUUCUCAUUGAAACAAAAAAUAUACCUCCUCAGACUGACUCUCGCUUCUGAAUUGACGAUUUGUCGACACAGCUUGGGAGAUUUAGUGUCAGAUAACUUUUACCUCAAUGUUCUCACUUCGUUUCUCGUAUACCUCAACUUUCCAAAUACCUCAAGUUUUGUCCCUCAUGGUAACGGUGCAUUUAAAACUUCUGAAUACCUCAAUUUAUUAUUCCUUCUGAAUACUUCAGUUUUUACUCUUUCUUGAAGGAUUUUGUUUUACCUCACCAAUACUUCCUUGUUUGACCGUUCAGCACAAGGACCAAAGAUCGUUGUACUGUUUAGCGUUGAAACAGAAUUUGUAUAAAAACAGCUUUCGUGUCUGCCUGAUCUACUGUAACCUGCCUGGUUAAAUUAUUGCCUUUUUUUUUUCUUUUGUUUUUUUUUUUUUUUUAUCAGCAACAAAACGAAUCGUUCCGAUGCGAGCAUUGUGCCAAAAACGACCUGUGAGAGUUCUGUGCCAAAACAGGAUUGGCAUUUGGACUGCGAUGUUGUAGAGGAAGUGUCACUGGACCAUUAUAUCAAAAGGUUUCAAAUCAGAACAACUGAGGAUAAAUCUUCCUCCUCUGGUUUUGAUGCACUGGGUUAACUCUAACCCUAACCCAAUCCCUGGGCCCCAUUUACCUUAACCUCACACUGACGUUGAACAUACAGGUUUCCAUGUGGAAGAUGUCUCUGUGUUGCCGAGGGACGCAGGGUUAGAGGAAAAAACUGGUCUUAAAGAAUUAACAGCUCAAAAGUGUCGGCCAUUAAACGCACAUGAAUUUACCUCAGAUUUCAGCACAAUAUACCAAUCUUAUCAGU